UCGUCGGGUCCCCGCCGAUUUCGAAAUCUUCCAAAUUUUCGACUCUAUAUGUGUACGUGUAUUCGUGUGUGUUUUUGUUAGUUCGCGUGUGCGGAUAUAACUGCGAAUACCAAUUUUUAUUACAAUGCCCAAUUGCUUGUUAGUUUUUCCAUGGUAGCUCGAGCACUGAAACCGUUCGUUGAUUAUUUACAUUGUUUAUCAUUAUUGUGAUGAAAAAAAUGAUGAAAUUCAGUAAAUUCAAUUGCAUUGAGCAUUUAUGAUGAUGGGAUGAAAACAAAAAAUCGCUAUGAAUCAUGGACCAAGUUCAAAUGCUCUCCAAAGUGAAUUUCUCAUCGUAAUUCCACUUCCAGCUAGGGCUAAAUUUAAUUACAAUUCGCAAGGGCUUACUCAGUUGAAAGUUCAUUUGUUCAUCGAAAUGUGAUUAAAUCGACCAAUAACUAGAGCGUUCCCGGAUUACGAGCGUAUGGUAACGGUUCAUUGGAAAAUCCGAAAUGAAUUAAAUCAAAUUGCAUUAUAGGUACACACUCGAGAUUAAAUACAAAUGAAUCCAUAAGUCCGUAUGGGCAAGAAAUUCUAUGGUGGUUUGUGAGCAGAGAGCGAAGAUCAGUGUUAGCUUUUAAAGUAGAGAACAAAUAGCAAGAAAUUUUGGAAAUUCUUUCACGAUCCCGAGGCGAAACUCGAGCAAGCAACGAAAAGCCGAGUUUGCCCUCCGGAAGUUACUCUCGUCCGCUUGGAAAGUCCUGCAUCAUGAGUUCAAGUCUUCCUGCUUUUCGAGUGAUGUUUGAAAACUUGUUCAGGAUUAUCUUUCCGAGACUUGUUUGACUCUUGUUUACAUGCCCACGGAAUAAAGUCCCAUUUUCAGGGCAAACUUUAUUGGACGUUUUGAAGUUAUUGGUGGCAUUGACAGGUCGUUGAUUAAUCAUGAGCCUCUCAAUGCGUUCAUCAAUAGUAAUCCAAUGCCGAAUGGGCAAUGGGCGACCGAACGGUAACUGAAAAUGUUCAAUAAUUGAAUGAAAAAUUGUCGAUCUCAAUAUUUACUAAUUACAGCUUACUAAUUACACUCACACAUUUCCCGGAAUAAUCGACAUCGACAUUUCUGUUUUAAAUGGAGACUUAACAAUCUUAUUGAAAGAAACUUCGUUACCGUUGAUUCAGUAGGCUCUUGGAAAUGAUCCUGCUCAAAAUCGCAGCUAAUUAUUAAUCGCAAUUGAAACGUGGCCAGCGGCGAGUUUUCCCAUUUCCCCACGGUCCUAAAAAACGCAUUAUUUCGAUCAACAAAAGGCAAGAGGAACGAUCCUUAAUCAGGAUAAUCGUGAAAGUUAACGGAUGGGAAAAGCUGGCAAGACUUACCGCGCGUGAUGUACCAAAGCGUUCCGGAUGAUUUCGCACGAGAUAUUCAAGCUGAAAAGACGGUAGAGAAGUUGCACGCUCGCCGGUCGUGCUGCUCUUCCUACGUGGGGCGACCCGUGCGGUCACGUUAAGGAUAACGGGGCUCGUUUACAUCCAAGAUAGUGUUCCGCGACGUUAACGUUAAUAGAGAUAGACGGUGUAUACGUCGCGAUUUCCCCAUCCCUCUGAGAGUCCGACCACCUACGACACUUGCAGUUUCUUCGCUUCCUCGGGCAGAUAAUACUGCUUACAACCGAACAAGUUUGUUCUUCGAUAAGGUGUCGGCGAUUCCCAAUCCAUAUCCUUUAAUGUUCCUUCCGGUGGGAUCGCUGUGUAAUCGCGUCUUACGACUUGAACGACCGAUUGAAAUCCCUCAUUAGGUCGAUUAAUGCAUCCGAACUUUCGCUUUCAAUUCCGAACGUCAUUAUACACGCUUUAAACCGUCGUGAGCGAUCUUAAGCACAAAGCCGCGGUUGACGGUGUCGCCGGAGGAAUAAAUUCUCGAAAAGUUUUUCUCCUCAUCGAAAUUAGUGCGUGUUUUUUUCCUCUCGUGGUAUGUGCGCCCAUUGUGUCAUGUCCGAGUAAUUGUUCCUCGGCGAAUGGUCACGGGAUCGGGAACGAAAGAAUCGCCGUAAAUCCAUAAACUGGGAUAACGAGGUCGCGGGCCAACGCUGUGGCGAAAUAUCGCAGAUUAUUCCAUGACCACUCAGUCUCAAGGACUCCAUAGGGCCAGCCAGGAUGUGCAGUUUAGUGCUCGUGUGUUAGUGACGAAAAUCAUUAGCUGUAAAUCUCUAUUUAUUAACACCCAAGCAAAUGGACCACCGGCAUUAUCGCUUGAGGUCGAUACUGCUAUUGAUUGAAAAUCGUAAGUGGAAAGUGUGGGUGAUUGGCAGCGCUAGUAAUAAGCGCACGCGAGAACGAUGUGGUAGUCGCGCGUGUGCGGGUGAUCCACGACGGAUAUUGUGAGAUUUUUAACACACCGACGACGAGAUACACGAUGGCCUUGCUAUACGCCCUCAUCGUCAUUCUCGUUACAACCGCCAUGUCUUUGCCACCAGUCAUCAGAAUCGGUGCUAUUUUCACGGAGGAUCAAAAAGACAGUCCCUCCGAAAUGGCAUUCAAGUAUGCCGUUUACAGGAUCAACAAGGAUAAAAAUUUACUGCCAAACACCACUUUGGUAUACGACAUUCAAUAUGUGCCAAAGGAUGAUUCAUUUAGAACGUCUAAAAAGGCUUGCAAACAAUUAUCAAGAUCGGUGCAAGGAAUAUUCGGACCAUCGGAUCCGCUUCUCGGGGCGCACAUUCAAAGUAUUUGCGAAGCUCUGGACGUGCCACACCUCGAGGCGAGGGUUGACUUUGAGCCAACGUUCAAAGAAUUCAGCAUCAAUCUUUAUCCUGCACAGGACCAUCUCAACCGAGCUUUCAAAGAUCUCAUGUCAUUUUUGAAUUGGACGCGGGUGGCGAUAAUCUACGAAGAGAAUUUCGGACUCUUCAAGCUUCAAGACCUCGUGAAAACUCCACCAUCUUCGAAGACGGAGAUGUACAUUCGUCAGGCUGGACCUGGAUCUUACAGGCAGGUGUUGCGGGAAGUCAGGCACAAAGAGAUUUACAAAUUGAUCAUCGACACGGACCCCGCACAUAUGCAACAAUUCUUCAGAGCUAUUCUACAACUGCAGAUGAAUGAUUACCGUUAUCAUUACAUGUUCACGACUUUCGACAUCGAGACUUUUGACCUCGAAGACUUCAAGUACAACAGCGUCAACAUGACGGCCUUCCGUUUAGUGGAUCUGGAGCAGCCAAAAGUUUCGGAAAUUCUUCGGCAAAUGGAACGUUUUCAGCCAAUCGGCCACGCAAUACUCAACAGAACGGGAGUGAUCCAGGCAGAACCGGCUCUGGUGUACGACAGCGUUCAGGUUUUCGCCCACGGCCUUGCGGCCCUUGAUCGCAGUCAUGUUCUGCGGCCUGCCAAUCUUUCCUGUGAAAAAGAAGAGCCAUGGGACGAUGGAUUGUCUCUGUACAAUUACAUCAAUUCUGCCGAUCUGCACGGGCUAACGGGUCACAUAGAGUUCAACGAGGGCAAGAGGAACAACUUCAAGUUGGAUUUAUUGAAGCUGAAGAAAGAAGAGUUAGUGAAGGUCGGUGAAUGGAAACCCGGAAGUGGUGUUAACGUAACUGACGUCAGUGCUUUUUACGAGACGACAGCGGCGAACAUCACUCUUGUCGUGAUGACCAGAGAGGAAAAACCAUACGUGAUGGUGAGGGAGGACAAGAACCUUACAGGAAAUGCAAGGUUCGAGGGCUUCUGCAUAGAUCUAUUGAAGUGGAUUGCUGCUCAAGUUGGAUUUCAAUAUGCGAUUCGUUUGGUGCCUGAUCAUAUGUACGGAGUUUAUGACCCUGAAACCAAAGAAUGGAAUGGGAUUGUACGUGAGCUCAUGGAAAAGCGCGCAGAUCUCGCAGUUGCAUCAAUGACGAUAAACUACGCAAGGGAAAGUGUAAUUGACUUCACGAAGCCGUUCAUGAAUCUCGGUAUCGGGAUACUGUUCAAGGUACCAUCCAGCCAACCAACGCGUCUGUUCUCCUUCAUGAAUCCUCUCGCCGUCGAGAUAUGGCUCUACGUAUUGGCUGCCUAUAUGCUAGUCAGUUUCACUUUAUUCGUGAUGGCUCGAUUCAGCCCGUACGAGUGGAACAACCCUCAUCCUUGUUUGGCCGAGAGCGAGGUCGUCGAGAAUCAAUUUAGCGUGAGCAACAGCUUUUGGUUCAUCACCGGCACAUUUCUCAGACAAGGAAGCGGUCUCAAUCCGAAGGCCACCAGCACAAGAAUAGUCGGUGGUAUCUGGUGGUUUUUCACCCUUAUCAUCAUUUCUUCGUACACCGCUAAUCUCGCAGCUUUCCUCACCGUCGAGAGAAUGAUAACCCCGAUAGAGAAUGCGGCGGAUCUUGCGGAGCAAACGGAGAUAGCAUACGGCACACUCGAGGGCGGUAGCACCAUGACUUUCUUCCGGGAUUCGAAGAUAGGGAUCUAUCAAAAAAUGUGGAGAUUCAUGGAGGCAAAAAGAUCGACGGUAUUCGUGUCGACGUACGAGGAAGGUGUGAAGCGGGUGCUCGAGGGUGACUACGCAUUUCUGAUGGAGUCGACGAUGUUGGAUUACGCGGUUCAACGCGAUUGUAAUCUUACGCAAAUCGGUGGUUUAUUGGAUAGCAAAGGAUAUGGAAUAGCAACGCCAAAAGGAUCCCCGUGGCGCGACAAAAUAUCACUGGCCAUCCUAGAACUCCAGGAAAAAGGCGUCAUCCAAAUAUUGUACGACAAGUGGUGGAAGAACACCGGGGACGUGUGUAACAGGGACGAGAAGAGCAAGGAGAGCAAAGCGAAUGCUCUUGGAGUCGAGAACAUAGGAGGAGUCUUCGUCGUUCUGCUGUGCGGACUCGCCCUCGCAAUUGUCGUCGCCAUACUCGAGUUUUGCUGGAACUCCAAGAAGAACGCCCAGUCCAGCAGGUCACUGUGCGCCGAGAUGGCCUCGGAAUUGCGUUUCGCGGUGCGUUGUGGUUCGCGUCAAAAGCCCUCGGCCAAAGCCCGAUCGCGGUCCGCGGUGACACACUGCAGUCGUUGCAGUCCUCACUCGUCAUUACGGAGAAGUCGCUACUGCAGCGGCAGCCUUAACGAAGAAACAACGUACAUACCGAGCAUCGAGAUACCUCGGCUAAAUGCAGGAGGCUGGUGCAUUGCCGAUGAUGGAGAUGAAGAAAUCAUUGAGCUUCGAUCAAGUGGCUCCGUGCCGUGGAGGGAACACCUAGCACAGGCCUCCUGCUCAGCACCAUCGUCAGCAACAACAGCAGCCGCAACAGCAAUUGCAGCAAGCGCCGCCACCGCCACCACCAUCGGCGUGUCGGGUUACUCCCACGCACACACGUCACACACACUGCCACUCCCAUUCCCACAGUCACAGUCACACGCACAAACAUCAACAACCACCCCCGAGGACGAGACGGGGUUCUUCGGGCAUUACUCUGGGUCAAGGAGGUGACCACCCUGAGAGUAUUUUAUGGAGGUUCGACUGCGAUCUUGCGGGUGAACCUGACGUAGUUAUUUCGCCACCUCCACCGCCACCUCCGCCCUCGGCGGCGGUAUCGAGAACGACGACCCUUUGACCAAU